GAUGUUAUUGACACUUGUUGCCUGAGUCUGCAUGGAACUGGGAGGGACCGGUAGGACUCCACUUCACACAUCCCACACAGAAACCGGGAGAGGGAGAGAGGGCUGCUGACUCAGGGAUUCCUCUCCUCCGUCUGUCGGUCUCACCGGGCUGAAGCGGCUGCAGAGACGUGGACGAGUGUAGGCACAGCUAUGUUGGGCGUCCUCAUCCUUGUGUCCCUCCCCUCGCUGGUGGCCCUGGUGCCUCCUCCGGUCCCCUGCAGGCACUGCUGUGAUCACCUGGAGCCAGAGGAGGGCAGCGCAGCCCAGCCUCCCGCAGGAGGGUUCAGCCAUGUGCCAGAGGUCCGCACCUACAUCAACAUGACCAUCCUCAAAGGUGACAAAGGAGAACGUGGCGACAGAGGAACACCGGGUAAAGCUGGACAAGAAGGCCCUCCAGGCUCCAGUGGUCCCACAGGCUCAAAAGGCACUAAGGGCCAGGCAGGUCUCCCAGGAGACCCCUGCAAAGUCCACUACUCCGCCUUCUCCGUCGGCCGCCGCAAAUCCCUCCACAGCCUGGAGUCCUACCAGGCGCUUGUGUUUGACACAGUCUUCGUCAACCUUGACGACCACUUUAACAUGUUCAAUGGGAAGUUCCUCUGCCACGUCCCAGGGAUCUACUUCUUCAACGUCAACAUCCACACGUGGAACUUCAAAGAGACUUAUCUACACAUCAUGCACAACGACACCGAGCAGGCCAUCGUGUACGCCCAGCCCAGCGACCGCUCCAUCAUGCAGAGUCAGAGCGUGAUGCUGCAGCUGGAGCUGAAAGACGAGGUGUGGGUCCGCCUGUACAAGAGGGAGAGGGAGAACGCAGUUUACAGUGAUGAUGUAGAUGUCUAUAUCACUUUUAAUGGAUACCUCAUCAAAGGCAGUGUAGAGGGAAACUGAAUAAGAGAGGGAAGGUAAGGCACAGGAUGAGACUGUUGAGCUCAGUUGGAUGGAAAGCAAACAAAUUGAACUGACAGGGCAGCAGAAUGCUUAAAAGAUAAAAAAAAAGUUGAUUUCACCGUGGUGCUGGAAUUUAAAAUGGUUGCCCAGAGAAUGAGCAAUACCUCUUUAAAGAAAAAAUAAACUGAGUACACUCAUCACCCUGAUAGAAAAUUGUCAGAAUUUUGAAAGCAGAUUCAUUCUCUUUAUACUGCAUACAUGUGACAACAGCAUGGUUUCAUUAAAGGAAUAGUCCAACAUUUUGGGAAAUAGGCUAAUUUGUUUUCUUAUACCGACUCUAACCUAGUGGUAUCGAUCUUCUCGUCUAACUCGCCAAUAAGUGUAUUUCUUAAAAUGUCAAACAUGAGCUGCUAAUGCUCUCUUGUCAGUCCUAAAUGUGUAAAACUGGAUGGAUUAAAUAUAAUAAUAGUAUUUUUUAGAGAUUAAGCCCAGAGGGCAAUUCAAAAAGACAUAAUCUGUUUACUUUCAGUGACAGAAGAUGCAAAUUGAAAGGUGUCUGAUAUUGAAUAUUCUCACUCUGUAAUGAAGAAACUAACCAGUGGUUUGUAUAGGCUAAUAGAACAUGGUAAGAAAACACUUGUUUUCAUUUGCAAUGUUAUUGAGUUUUGUAUGUGGUGCUAAUACAUGGUGCUAACUGAACUUUUACUGUGUGUGGAUUUCACUUUGUGAAACUGCAGGAAACAUAUGUUCUCGCUCAAUAACAUUUAAAGGUGCUGUAGGUAGGAUUGUGAACAUUGACAACUCCCCCCCUUUCCGCUAGAGCCCAAACGGUCUCCUAAGCCCCUCCCCCCACAAGGGAGAAUUCAUGUGUGUGCUUGAGCAGUGAUUUACACGCAGUUAGACACCCCCCCUGGCCCUGAUUGGAGCAGGAACAGGGAGCUCUGGAUUUUUGCCAAUCUCACUACAGGCUGUAGGUGGUGCCAGAGGAGCUGGAUUUUUUUUUUAAAUUACCUUAAUAAUCGUGUAGUUCUACUGGAACAUAGGGUCAGUUUCAGCAAAUAUGACAGAAAGUUAGUUUUAUAAGUCUUACGUACUGCAUCUUUAACAUAUUGGAUUAACUUUGAUAUUUGAAUGACUAAAUUAUGUUUUACUUUUAAAGUGUACUUGAGAGUUUAUCAGAAGGUGCUUAUUACCUCCCUCCCCCACCCGUCCAUACCUUUUUAUUAGUGUCAAGCAUAGCCAAAUAUAAAGUGCAACAUAAAGCAGUCAUAGGUAAUCUGACAAGUAAUUACAUUAAAUAAACUCAUGUCAGCUGUGACACAAUUACCUGCAAUUAAUACAGAUAUUCACAUUGGUACUAACAUGACCAUAAAAGCCAUUAUUGAUUACAUCCGAGUAAUCAGUAUAAGUACCUGUUUAUGAUUGUACUAACAUGAUCAUCAUUAUUGAUACUACUAAAGAACAAUAAUCAGUAUAAAUAUGGCAUUACAUUUUCUAACUGGGACUACAACAUAACAAUUAACAAGAUAAAGGCAAUUCAUGUUUGUUUCUUAUCGCUUUUAUUCAGUCUGACAUGUUUACCUUUUGUUUUUAACCAAAAAUGCUAUGUAUUAAUGCAGUUAUUCCAAUUUUAUAAUACUCUUAAUUGUAGUAAUUACACUACUGUGUUUGUACAUUGUUGAUACUGAUAUUAAAGUUGUGUUUCAGCCACAAAUUUAAUGCAGUUCCUCACUGUGACUCAGUAUUUGUAAUGCUCUCACUUUCGGUCAAAACUUUUAAAAUAAAACAAGCAAAACAGA